GCUUUACUAAAUGACCCUUUUAAAACCACUGAUUGUGUGAUCAACAAUUCGUUAACGCCAAAAGAAAAGUAAUGGUCUUAAAACUCUUAAACAGUAUGAACAUUUAUAUUCUAUCAGUUACGUAGUUUGAAGGCAGAAAAAAGGAGCAGUUAGCGGAGAAGGAAAGAAGAUUCUGAGAAGGUUCUUGGUUUUUUCUCUCAGUCUGAGCCUCAAUCCACAUAUUAUAAAUGCAUGCUUUGUUCCAUAAACACUUCAGAGGAACACACUGAGAGGCACAGAGAAUGGGAAACAACAUGGCAACACACAACAAAUACAAAAGUUUCAUGUUCUUUAUCAGAAAGUUCAAGGUCAUCGAGCCAGAUCCACCUCAGGACCUUGAGGAGGCGUUUUCAAAGUUCACAGGAGGAGGGUCCCACAUGUCCGUGGAGCAGCUCCACCGUUUCAUGGUGGAGCACCAGGGUGAAGAGCACCACACCUUAUCGGAUUCGGAAAAAGUUUUUGAGAGGAUUUUGCAGGAGAGAAAGACAUGUCAAGAAACUGUUAAGAUUGAUCACAGCACAGAACAUGAGAUCACCCUGGAUGAGCUCUUCCGAUUUUUGCUUCAUAAUGAUUUCAAUGGUCCCUUGAAAACUCAGGUACAUCACGAUAUGGGUGCUCCAUUGUCACAUUAUUUCAUAUAUACAGGCCACAACUCCUAUUUGACAGGGAAUCAACUCAGCAGUGAUUGCAGUGAAGAGCCAAUAAUAGAGGCUUUGAAACGAGGAGUUCGUGUUAUAGAACUUGAUCUAUGGCCAACUUGCAAUAAGGAUUAUAUUAAAGUAGAUCAUGGAUGGACUUUUACCAAUCCUGUCUCAGUGGUGAAAUGUCUAGAGUGCAUAAAGGAAUAUGCUUUUGUUGCAUCUCCGUACCCUGUGAUCAUAACCAUAGAAGACCAUCUCACAACAGAUCUUCGAGCUAAAUUUGCAGAAAUGGUAACUCAAAUAUUUGGGGAAGUGCUUUAUUACCCUGGGGAAGAGUGCUGCUUAACAGAAUUCCCUUCACCAAAAUCACUCAAAAAUCGAGUUAUUAUAUCCACCAAACCCCCAAGAGAACGUUUUCAGUCCAACCAAAUCAAGGACAAUAGCAACUGUCCUAUGCUGAACGAAAGUGAAUCAUCUGAAGAGGAAUCAUUCGGAAAUGCAUCUCCAAACUCCAGUAGGAACGAAGUAGAGACUGAGGACACACAGAAUGGCAGUGAUCGUGAUGAGGGAAGCAUAAGUGCAAGCGAAUAUGACCAGAAACCAUAUCUGGAGUGUUCACCUGAUUACAAACGCAUAAUUACUAUCCAUAACAGGAAACUGAAGGGUUGCCUGAAGGAUAAAUUGAGAACUGAAGGUGAAGUUAGACGCCUAAGUUGGAGUGAGAAUACUCUUGAAAAGGCUUCAGAAUCUCAUGGAGCAGAUAUUCUUAGGUUCACACAGAAAAAUAUCCUCAGGGUGUACCCGAGUGCAAUGCGUGUCAAAUCCACAAAUUUCAAGCCACAUAUUGGGUGGAUGUAUGGGGCUCAGAUGGUGGCAUUCAAUAUGCAGGGCCAUGGCAAAUCGCUCUGGUUGAUGCAGGGAAUGUUCAGGGCAAAUGGAGGAUGCGGUUAUGUAAAGAAGCCUCAAAUUCUGAUGCAGAAGCAUCAAUGUGACAAUGAGUAUGAUCCUACAAAGAUAGAGUCAAUGAAAAAAACAUUAAAGGUCAAAGUAUACAUGGGACAUGGAUGGAGCUCAGAUUUCAGUCCUACACACUUUGAUAAGUGCUCUCCGCCAGACUUCUUCACUAAGAUCCGAAUUAUUGGAAUGCCUGGUGAUGUUGCAAAGAACAAAACAAAGGUCAUCAUGGACAACUGGUUUCCUGUUUGGAAUGAAGAAUUUGAAUUCUGUUUAAGUGUUCCAGAGCUUGCAAUGCUUAUGAUACAAGUAAAGGAUAAAGAUCAAGGAAUGGAUGACUUUGCUGGGCAGACAUGUUUACCAGUGUCAGAGUUAAAACAUGGAUUUCGCUCAGUGCCUUUAUACGACAAAAAGGGAGAGAAAUUUAAAUCUGUGAAGCUGUUGAUGCGAUUUCAGUUUGAAUGAAAUGUAGAGAAUAGUGAUCACUCUUCUUGGAUAUACCUUCAUCUCUAACAUUGCAUGCUUUCAACACAUAACUGCUACAAUUAUUUGUCAUCAUUAAUCAGUGAACAGUUCAUACUGCAUAUUUCUAGUUUAAA